CUCUUUUUCUUCCCCUCCUUUUUGACAUCGAAACGACCGUCGAAGAAGAAGAGCAAACGAGUGAAACCCAAAAGCUACCGUCGCCGCCGAUCGGAGCUGAAGAUGGAUCCAACGAAGCUGAAUGAACUGAAGCUGUUCAUUGAUCAAUGCAAGACCAACCCUUCUGUACUCGCCGAUCCCUCUCUCUCCUUCUUCCGCGACUAUCUCGAGAGUCUUGGUGCUAACUUGCCUCCUGCUGCUUAUGAUGGCAAAGGCUCCAAAGCGAAGAGUUAUGUGGUAGAGGAGAGUGAUGAGGAUGUGGAGGGAACUGAAGAACCAAAAGACAAGGCUGAGGAAGAAGAGGAGGAUGACAUUAUUGAAUCUGAUGUCGAGCUCGAAGGAGAUACUGUUGAGCCUGACAAUGAUCCUCCUCAGAAGAAGGGAGACCCAUCAGUAGAGGUCACGGAUGAGAGUCGUGAGGCUGCUCAGGAAGCCAAGGGCAAAGCCAUGGAAGCCAUUUCCGAAGGGAAAUUGGAUCAAGCGGUUGAGCAUCUGACUCAGGCAAUUUUGUUGAACCCGACAUCAGCUAUUAUGUAUGCCACCAGAGCUACUGUCUACGUUAAGUUCAAGAAACCUAAUGCCGCGAUUCGAGAUGCAAAUGCUGCUUUGGAGAUUAAUCCCGAUUCUGCUAAGGGAUACAAAUCUCGUGGCAUGGCUCAUGCCUUGCUUGGCCACUGGGAAGAGGCUGCAAAAGACCUUCACCUUGCAUCAACGAUUGAUUAUGAUGAGGAAAUUAGUGCUGUACUCAAAAAGGUCGAACCAAAUGCUCAUAGGAUCGAGGAGCACCGUAGGAAGUAUGACAGGCUACGCAAGGAAAGAGAUGACAGAAAGGCUGAACGCGAGAGACAACGUCGCCGUGCUGAAGCACAGGCCGCCUAUGAGAGAGCAAAGAAGCCAGAACAAACGUCGUCCAGCAGACAACCUGGUGGUGGGUUCCCGGGAGGAAUGCCUGGCGGGUUUCCGGGAGGAAUGCCUGGCGGGUUUCCGGGAGGAAUGCCUGGUGGGUUCCCGGGAGGAAUGCCUGGUGGGUUUCCGGGAGGUAUGCCUGGCGGCAGGAUGCCCGGGAAUGUAGAUUUCGGGAAAAUAUUGAAUGACCCUGAACUAAUGGCUGCGUUUAGCGAUCCAGAAAUCAUGGCUGCUCUCCAAGACGUGAUGAAGAACCCGGCGAAUCUGGCAAAGCAUCAGGCGAACCCGAAGGUGGCUCCUGUUAUGGCUAAGAUGAUGAGCAAAUUCGCCGGAGGCGGACCCAAAUAACAAAACCUCUCUCUCCCUGUGUGUUAAGUCUUGGAUUCUCACUUGAUGUUUUGGGAUUUGGUUUGGGUCGAAAGAGUUUUCCUUUCACAGUUGUGAGAAACGUUUUCUUUCUUGUCCAUCGAUUUGGCUUUUGGAUCUUUUUCUUUUGGCUUUUAAUCAAAAGUGUUGUGAAUGGUAAAGGAAUGAGGUUGUCGGAAUUCAAGUCACUGCUGUUGACAAUGACCACAAUGGUUUCUCUUCAUUUCUC